AGUGGUGGUGGUAGUAAUAGUAGUGGUGGUGGUGGUGGUGGUUGUGAUUGUGAUUGUGGUGGUGGUGGUGGUGGCAUCAUCGUAGUUCAGGAUGAGCUCUUCUCAGCAAGAAAAUGCUACUACCAUCGCCUGCAGGGAGGUUUUCGACGAAACUUCUCACCCCUCAAACGAAGAGGUAUUGGAUUAUGCGAAAAGACUCGGAAUCGAUCCAGAUACCGAAGCACAUUUACUUCCAUUGGCACGCGAAGGACUGAUGGCUGCCCUUCCAAAGGGAUGGAUACCUUGUUAUCACGAGGCAAGUGGUGCUUGGUAUUAUUAUCAAGCAUCCACCAGUACAACAACAUGGGAACAUCCUUUAGAUUCGGUUUAUAGGGAACUAGUUGAUCAAGUUAGGAGUGGUAACCGGCAAAUGAGUGUUGAAGAAGACUCAAAGACAACGGCCAAAGAUUUGGAGUCGCACGAGGAAGCGAGUUUGCCGAAAGAACCUAGCGUUUCUCGUGAAAAUACGUCGUCGACCUUGAGAACGAAGAUACCGACUAAAUUAGCGCCAUUGAAAAAAAUCGAUCGUAGUCAACAAGAUGUCAGGAAGAAAGAAGAUAGAAUACGUUCACGAAGAGAAAGCGAUACUAAAUCCGAUAUGAUUUCGUCAUUAUCAACCGAUCGUGCUGCCAGAGAUUACACGAAUUUGAAAUUUCAAGAUCCUAAUUUUUACGAGUGUCCAAAAUUGUUGGACAACAACGUAGCCGUAGUGUCUGGUAGUACAGAAACCACAACGCCAAUCACGACACCUAAAAAGGAAUUGGAUUUGAAGGAAGUAUUGAAAAGAUCCGAAUCGUUGAGUCCAAGACACGAAAAAGAUUGGGAACAAUUAUCGAGUAAAUUCAGUUCGGAAGAGAAUAUCAUUGAUAUUGAUAAAUUAAGUGCCAGUGCGUUGGCUAGAUCGGACAAAACCGAUCUUAAGUUUGACAAAGAAAAACAUCCAAGUCAAUUGGGCCAACAAAAGGAAUUAACGUUAAGCGGCGGUGGUUCGAUGUUUUUAAAAAGUAAUCGUAGCAGGGAUACUACCCCUAGUCAGGACAGUGCUAAAUUAGAAGAUUUUCGUGUAGGUUUAGGUGCUGAUGUUGUUGUUCUACCGGACGCGCUCAAGUCAAUCUUGAGAGAAAAACAAUCGGAGGAUGACGAGAGGCCAUUGGACGAGGAACGGAAAAGUGUACGAUUUGAUCUAGAAAAAGAGGUCGAUAUUAAAUUCACAUAUCCUGGAUCGGAAGACGAAUGGGAUUCCGGAUCGGAAGAACAUGAUCAACCAAUAUCUAAUACGACUAUUGUUGAUCGUCAAUCGGAUACUACGACGUCGGUAUGGAAAGCAACACCUAAUCGUUCCUUUGACGAUGACGAUAAAAUUGAGGUUGACGAUGUUAAUAUUAAAAAGAGUACAUUGAUAACCAAAUUGCAACCAUUACCAAAGAGUAGUAAAAUAGUUGGAAAGAGAUUCGUCGUAAGGAACGUUUCCGAAAUUGAACAUCGAACACAAAUGAACGCUAACGAUACAAUAACAACAACAGCAACAACAACGUCUGUUAUUAAAACUGACAAUGACAAUGAAUGUAUUACUACUACGAACUUACCGAAAAUGACUAAAAGUAAAUUUGAGAAUAUUAAAAAUAUCGAUUUGAUAUCGAAAGGCGAAACUGAAUCGAGUAUUACAAAAAAUACUGACUCCAUUAGCGUACCAGAUAAAACUUGGAAGACCACCGUCAGAUUACAUAAUAUCGGUACCAAUGGUAAUUUAGAUCUUGCCAGGAUCGUUAAGGAAUUUGAAAGUUCUAAUCGUAAUACUGGCAAAUCGAAGUUAGAACAUUCGAGAAGUUUAGAAGAUACGAAAAUAAAUUUAACCAAGGAACACGAGGUGGAUAUCGAAACGUUGAAGAAAGAAUUUGAAGAAAAAUUAGAACUUGCUAGGAAAGAAUUUGAAGAUAAUCUACGGAUAGAAAAGGAAACACUCAGGCAUAAUUUUGAAGAAAAGUUGAUUGAAUUUAAACGAGAAAUGGCUGAGAAGGAAGAACAAGAGAUACAAAAAUUAAUAGCAGGAAUGGACGAGUCAAGGGCAGAAAAUUUGAAGAAGGUCAGAGAAGAAUUAGAAGUUUGUUACGAGAAGGAACGUUUGGAAAUUUUGACGAGUUUAAAGAGCGAACUUAACGAAAGAAAACGUGAACUUCUCGAGUUAAGGAAUCAAGAAAUGGAGAAGCUGGAGACCGAACACGAACGUGAUCUAGGUGAAGAAAAAUUAGCGAAGUUGAACGAGUUUGAAUUGAAUAAGCAACAAACGGAAAGGAUAGAGGCAUUGAAAAAGGAAUUGGACAAGGAGUUCGAUGAAGUUAAAAAUGAACUAAGAAUGCAACAAAGGGAGAAAAUAACUAAGCUUACUGAGGAACACGAUAAGUGUCUUGCCGAUAUCCUGCGAGACUUUAGAAUCGACGAGGGUCUUGCACGUAAGAUGUACAAACAACGAUUAGAGGAUAUCCGUGCUGAUUUUUCGCGUGAACUCGAGAAGGAAGCUAGAAAGCAGACCGAACGUGCCCUACAACAGGAAUGCAUGGACUUCGAGAAAAUACGUUGCGAGAGACGCCUACUAGAAGACAAGUAUAUAGCCUUGAAGGAGAAAUACAUCAAAUUGAAGAACGAUGUUAGACUAACCGUCGAAAGAAGAAAUAAAAGCACAGGUGGUGGUGGUGGUUACACGACGACAUCGGAAACUGAAAGAUCAAAAACUGAAAGAACUAAUUCAUCCGAUAAAAAUACCCCACUGAGGAGCACACAUUCAACGAAUUCGAUGGCAAACGCUAAGCCAACGGAUAUAAUUCGGACAACAAAAACAACAGCAGCAGCAGCAGCAACAACAGGAACAAAUACGACAGCAACAACAGCAGGAACAAACGACAAGAGUCAGAGUUUAAACGAAAGCGAGGAUUCGAAAAGCGCGGCUAAUAGGAGCAGCAGCAACCAGGGGGGGUUUCGUGGCAUUGUUCAGACCAAUAGCGUGCCUUCUACGAAGAACGCCGCGAAAUUUGAAUCCGACGACACUACUACGGCGAGUGAAACUAACGCGAACACAAUGAGAAGGCGUAAAAGUCUUGGAAGAAAAAUUACGUCGAAUAACAAACAACAAUUAAAUGUUAAUCCCAAUACCGUUAUUGCCGGUACCGGCAACAACACACACAAUAACAACAAUAAUAUAGAAAAUCCCGUAGAAAAUAUCCGAAAACAAUUGGAAAAGCUCGAACAUCUUGGGGAUCAAUUACCGAGCAACGAAACGGCCUACACUCUUCGAUAUCCUUUCCAAGAUAAAGCACCAGCAAAUGCGUCCUCGGAGUUGGAAUUCUUUCGGCAUCGGAUACACGUUGAAAGGGACUCAGUGAGAAGGGCUAGAGAAGCAUGGAAACAACAGAGGAAUGCUUUUCAGGGUAGACAAAGAGCUUUGAAACAACGAAGUGCUCGAGCUACGUUAGAACAAUUGGUCCAGGAAGAACGUGAACUUUCUGACAUGGAGGUCAGUUUACAUCGUACGAGAAGUCUUUUAGGUGAAAAAGUAAUACACUUGAGACACUUGGAACAAUCAUUGGAAAGAGUAGCUAAUGCCAAAAGAAACGAAAACGAUGCUACUUCUACGAAAAACGACGAAUUGACCCUAAGCGAUAUGUCCAGCGCAAGUAGCGGAUUCAGUUCAACAGAUAUUGGAACUGAUACCUUUAUAGACAAACCUGAUCAUUAUCAAGAGUCGACAGAAAUAAUCGCCAAUUUAGAGAAUCUUAACUCAGAGAUACGUGAGAUUUGGAAUGUUUUGAAUAAACGUCAAGAUAGUAAUAAUAUACCACCACCUACUUUGAUGUAUUCAUAUUUAAGAUGGCUACGUCUUCAUCCAUUAACUGCUUCGACUAGUAACAUGCAAGAUAUAUUAUUUUUAGAUACUUUCGGUACACCGAAUAUACAAUCAAACAUUUUGUCGCAAUUAACCGCAGCGCAACCACCACCAACAACAACCACUCAAAACAUAAUCGCACAGUAUGGUAACAGUGGUUUCACAACCAGCGUUGGAAACACCGUAGAAAAAAGUUCAUCGAAUUUGGCUGAUAGAACAAGAAAUCUCAGGGAUUGGUUGAGACAAGCUCGUGUUGAGACAACUGAUAUGAUUGGCCCUGGAAAAGCAACCCUCUAAACAAAAAUUUAAUACAAAACCAACCAAGAAGAAUAUAUAAUAAUAUAUCAGCUAUAACAACAGUGGUGAAUUAAGUAGUCGUGUAGGGCCCCGAAAUACCAAAGCGUCCCAAAUGAAUUCCCGAGAUCUUCAAGAUUUCUUUUCAUUAGGGUUCGAAAAGAAUUACAUUUUAUCAAAAUAAAUUUAAUUAAUCAGUGUUAUGAUAUGCGUGUGAAAUUUUUUACAUAAGUUUUUCUUUUCGAUUGAUAAAUACUUAAUGAGAAUUUUUUUCAAACAUAUUUUUUUAUUCCAACUUAAGUUUGUGGAGCCCCCGAUUGACUUGAUCCGUCACUGUAUAUAACAAUAAGACCAAUGUCCUUCUUCCUCGUAUAUCUCUUAUCCGUAGCUGUGAAAUUCUUACUUAAACUAUCGUUUAUCAAACAUAGAAUGAAGAAAUUGACAAAAAAUACGUUCUUGCUGACGAUUAGUUCCUCGACUAUUUAAAAAAAAAAAUAAACUAAUCAAAUCCUUUCUUGAAUUAUAUUAACGAAUUAGACGUGAUAUUUACCAGAAUUUAGUUUUCGCAAAUAACGGUGAAACUAUAUACAUAUAUAUAUAUAUAUAUAUACUAUUUUAUGAUUGAAAUAGUUCUAAACGUGAUUAAAAUACACAUACACGUACACACAAGCCAAAUUCCAUAAGUAAAGAUGACGAAAGAAAGACAAACUUUAUUGAAAUAACAAAAAAUAAAUUGUCUGACGAUGAAUCUUAUAACAAAGUAUGAUCUUCAAUCGCGUUUAUCUUGAAUGAAUUUAUUCAAUUCAAUUAAAAUAUAGAAUUGUAGGUGUAAAAAUAGAGAGAAAGAGAGAGAGAGAGAGA